AUGGCGAAGCCCCCUGCAGCUCUUCCCGGGUCAGUUUCCCGAUCAACGAAGAUGAGCAAAACUGCCGCCAAAAGCGAUGUGCCCAAGUCAUCAGAGCCAGAAUCGGUAGGGCGGAGCCAAUGGCCGGGCAGUGCCGGUUCCGUCAUCACGUCGUCACGUCUGACUGCGACACGGCUUGCGGACGACACCGGCAACCCGACGCCAUCAGAGACCCCGGUGGAGAGCAAGUCCGCGUUUGGGCACGGCCGAUUCCAGAAGACGAUGCUCCUCUGCGCCCAGCUGGCAACCAUGCUCGCCUACUCCUACAGCUUCGCACUAUUCAUCGAUUUCGAGCCUGUAGAGUACUGGUGCUCUCCUCCGGAGCAUUUCGCCAACGUAUCUGAGGAACAGUGGAAGAACGCCUCCAUACCACGUGACACAAAAGGCGGCUUCAAACAGUGCCAGCGUUACGACCCACUUGUUGCACCUGUUUCCCAACUAGCGACAACGCCGUUUCACUCUGGAAACCACGUGGGGGACCACCUCGAAGCCAGCGCGCAGCCCCCCGUGGCGGCAGACAGAACCAACGCCAGCGAGGUGCCUUGCGAGAGUUUCGUCUACGCACUUGGCACUCCGGGCAGGAACGCUGUGGCCCGCUGGGACAUGGUCUGCAACAAGUCGUGGUACAAGACUCUGGUGAAAGCGGCGUACACGGGAGCCAGCGUCUUGGCCAUACCCUGCGUGGGCAUAGCGUCGGACAUCUUUGGUCGCCGUCUGGUUCUCCUUACGACCUUGGCAGUGGUGAUAGGCUCGGGAGUGGCUACUUGCCUAGCAAGCUCCCUGGUGGCCUACGGAAUUUUACGCUGUAUAUCAUCAGCUGCCUGCAGCGCCAUAGAAGUGACGUCGUUCAUUCUGCUCUUCGAGAGCACACAGCCUGGACCGCGGGGGCCGUACUGCGCCCUGGCAAUCUGUUGGCCCACGCUUCUCGCGCCCAUAUACGUCGCCGGACUAGCCAUUCUCAGUAAGGGCUGGGUCAUCUUCAACUUGUUGAUACUGCUGCCGUCGGCAUUCCUUCUGGUCACGGCGUGUCUGGUCGAGGAAUCGCCCCAUUGGCUGCUCGUCAGCCUGCGCUUUGAAGACGCCGAGCGCGUGGCUCUGUACGCGGCGCGAUUCAACGACGAGGACACGGACCGGGUGCGCAUGCGCAUCGACACCAUCCGCCACGCAGCCAUGCUGAAACGCCCUCCUGGUCGGGCCGCUUCCUUUCUGGAGGCUACCAAGCGCUCGCUUGCAGCCACUUUUAUGUUCGGCGGUUUGGCUCGCCGAAGUUUUGUGCUAAGCGUCGCCUGGUUCACAUUGUACCUUGUCAACUACGGCGGAGUGGCAACCGAUGACAAGUCUGUGAGCCACCACUACGAGCUUGCCAAAUGGCUCGUGGUGGCCGGAAAUGCUCCGGCAAUGGCGGUCGCCUACUUCCUGGUCAAGUUCUACGACCGCCUGGCCACUACCGUCAUGGUGAUGUCCACGGUGUCAAUAGCCCUAGCGGUCCAGUCUGCACUGGUGGCAUUUGACCUGUCGCUGCCACUAGCUGUACUUAUCAUGUGGAUGAAGCUGCUACUGAACAUCACCUACGUCGUGCUAUGCGUGCACACGGUCGAGAUGUUCCCGACAGAAGUCCGUAGUGUCGGCUUCUCCGGUGCCUACAUGUGGGGUCGGCUGGGUGCCACUUCUGCCAGCGCCCUUAAGGAAAUCGAGGACCAGCUAAUCGGAAGUUUCAAGGCCCUCCCGCUCGCGCUAUCAGCUCUGGCUUUGGCUGUAGCCUCCCUGUUCCUGGUGACACUUGGUGAUGAGACGCCCCCUGAGGCGUCAAUGAUGACGAUGAUGUGGCAAGACGACUCACAAAAAGAACCAAAACGCUGA